UGGGUGUGAUAUCAAAUGAUGUUAGUAAAGAAGAUUCAUAAAAUUGAAGUUGAAGCAAUCGUCUUCUUCAACCUCUCUCACACACACAACAAUGGCAGCACCACAAUCAGAUUUACGUUUACCUCACGAGUGCUGGGAAUUAAUCUUCAAAUUCCUCCUCAUCAACGACGCCGGCGACGCCGAACGCAACCACCGCUACUUCGAAUCACUCUCCCUCGUAUCCAAACAGUUUCUCUCCAUAACCAACCAUCUCCGAUUCUCUCUCACAAUCUGCGAUCCAACUCUCCCUUUCCUCCCUCACCUCUUUCAAAGAUUCCCAAAUCUCACCUCUCUUAACCUCACGCGCUUCGAAGGUGACAUCGACGCGCUUCUCACCCAAAUCUCAACUUUCCCAUUACACCUCAAAUCACUCAAAAUCUCAAACAAAUCCAACAUUCCUGCAAAUGGGUUGCGAGAAUUCUCCAAAAAGAUUACAUCUUUGACCUCUCUCACUUGUUCCCACAUUGGUAAAAUCCGUUCCCAUGACCUAGUUCUUAUCUCUGAUUGUUUUCCUUUGCUUCAAGAACUUGACCUUAGUAACCCUAGAAAAGUUCCUUCUGAGCUGAAUUCCAAGUUUUUCGUGCUUCCCAAGCUUCGUAAAAUUAAUCUCUCUGGUCAUUAUUAUAUGAAUGACUCAUUGUUUUUGCACUUGUGUAAGAAUUGUGAGUUUCUUGAAGAGAUUGUAAUGUUGAACUGUAGCUUUUGCCAAGAAGGUGUUGCUUUUGCCUUCCGCGAAAGACCGGGUUUGAGAUCUCUUUCGUUUGGAUGGAGAUCAUUCAUUCAAAAUGAUGAUUGCUCACAAUAUAUUGACUCGUUGGUGAGUUUGAAAGGCUUAACUUGUUUUAAUUUGUCGGGUUCAUUUAUAUCAGAUGAAACGCUUUUAGCUAUUGCAAAUAAUGGUCUUCCUAUAAGGAGGCUUGUCCUUCAACUUUGCUUUGGAUAUAGUUAUGUUGGCCUGAUUAACUUAGUGUCUAAGUGUCGUUUUCUUCAAUAUUUGGAUCUUGACGGUGCUCAUUUUUUGAAUGAUGGGCAUAUCCUUGAGUUGUCUCGGUUUCUUGGUGAUUUGGUGUCUAUUAACAUUAGUAGAUGUCAUAGCCUCACAAGUUUAGCCUUGUUUGCACUCCUUAGGAACUGUGCUAAACUUAAUGAGGUCAGAAUGGAACACACGAGUAUUGGGAAAAUGAGUGUAGAAAAUUCUUCUAACUUGAUGAAUUUUGUUGUAUAUCCUCAUUUGAAGUCUCUCUAUUUAGGCUUCAACACAUGGUUGAGGAAUGACGGCAUCAAUAUGUUUGCUUCCGUUUUCCCCAAUUUACAGAUCUUGGGUUUGAGCUAUUCCAAUGGCAUAUUUGAAGAAGGUAUUGGUCAAGUUCUAAUGAAAUGUAGUAAGAUUAGACAUUUGACCUUAGCCUACAGUUCAGGACAGAAACUACCUAAAAUGAAGUUUAAUGUUUCCAUGUUAGAGGUGUUGAAUUUGGCACAUACAGGAGUUGAUGAUGAAACACUCCAUAUGAUCUCAAAGAGUUGCUUUGGGCUACUGCAACUUGACUUGAGAGAUUGUCAUGAUGUCACAGAGAAGGGAGUGAUGCAAGUCAUAGAAAAUUGCACACAAUUGCGAGAGAUAAAUUUGUCCAAUUGUGGUAAAGUGAGUGCUGGUGCUGUUGACUCGAUGGUAUUUAUGAGGCCGUCAUUGAGAAAGAUAACACCUCCACCUGGUUUUUGUUGUAGUGAUAGCAAGCGGAAACUCUUAUUGCGUCAUGGAUGUCUUGUUUGCUAGUAUGUUGGAAAUGAUCUACCGAAGCUUGACCUCUGAAAAAAUGUUCCAUCAAGAUUGAAAUUUGACAUCUUUAAUGAAAAUUAGUCACGUGUUCUAUUUGGCAUUAUUAUUACAUAUCAUUCUUUGUCACUUCAGUAAGUGACUUAAAUAGUGUUGAAUCCACAUUAGUUAAAAUGUAUUAGAAAAUUGCUGUCAUAAUCUAUGAGGGAUGGUUCUUGUAGGUUUCUUUUGUUAUCUGUUGGCAAAAUUUUUGUCAUGCUUUUUCUCCUUUGUUAUCUCUGCUGUCCACAAAAGUUCAAUCUUUGGACUCAAUAUAUAAAACAAUCAUAUGUCAUUGUGUGUGAGAUAAAAGCAUCAAUUUGUGUCGAAGAAGUCAUGACCAAUUCGGUGUACUUUGCGUUGUUGCAGUUUAGAUUCUGAUUAAUCCUUGUUGUUGCUGGUUUUAAUUCUGAUUAUUGGGGUCUCUCAUUUAUACUAUAUUUGUAGCCAUUUAUUUCUUGCUGGUGUGGUGAUGUUUAAGUAUGCUACUGAUCUAACUUGGUACAGUUUUGUUCAUAUUAUUAUUAUAGUCUGUUAUUGGAGGUUUUCAAUAAUCUAUUUUAUGAACUAAAUUGAAAUUUGACU